AUGACUAACGACAUAGUAGUUGGUGGAUAUUGGUUAGUUGAAGACAAAAUCGGUGAGGCUAAACAUAUUAUAACAAAAGAAUUAUACGCUCUUAAAAGAGAAGAAACAAUUGUUUACAGUCCUCAACUACCAGAUGAAUACAAGUUCUUAAAAUCAUUAGAAGGACAUGAUCAUAUUCCUAAAGUUUAUUGGUAUGGUGAGAAAUUGGGUUGGAAUUGCAUUGUUAUGGACAUGUUAGGCCCAAGUUUACGUAUGUUGUCAAAAGCAUUCUGUACUUUGCCUGUAGAUUUCCCAGACAAUUUCCUACUCGAAAACAAUUUUCCGAUACCUUUAGAUCAGCUAGCAGAACCCAAUAUAUUUGAUUUAGUUAAUGAUAGCCCCAGAUCCAAAAAAAUCCAAAUGCUGGUUGGAAGAAAAUACAAGACUUUUCUUGUUGAUUUUGGACUGGCUGCAUACUAUAUCGAUCAAAAAACAGGAAAGCAUAUACCAAAAAAUAAAAAAAUGCUAAAAAGCAAGACCGGCACCGCUCGUUAUGCCAGUAUUAAUGUUCACAAAGGAUAUUGUCAUACUAGACGUGACGACAUGGAAUCAUUGGGCUAUGUUUUCCUUGAGAUGUUAAAUGGCUCUCUCCCUUGGUCGGGGAUUAGAGCCAUUAGCUCUCAAGAAGGGUGGGCAAAAAUGUUAAAAAUCAAAAAAGACACAUCCCUUGUCAGAUUGUGUAAAGGAUGUCCUACAGGAUUUCUAAAGUAUCUCGAGCACUCUGAGUUAGUGGCACAAGAAAUUGAAUGGUUUAAUGGAAAACAAUCAUUUACUCUUGGUGGAGGUUUUUCCUCUCGAUAUCAACAAAACUAUGACCACAUUUCUGGUGCAAGGGAACGUUCAAACUCAUUCACUGUUCCAUCCAGAAAUGACUUAUCACCAUCACGCCCAAGAACAUAUUCUUUGCCAUACAAAGAUCCAGAACAUGUUGACAAUAAUAUCCAGCCUAACAACAACUAUAAUAAUCGUAAUUCUAGAAAUUAUUACCUUCAUAAAAAUCAUCAAAGUAAAAAAUAUACGAAAGGUUGGUUUACUCCAAAAAAUCCUGUUGAUAUAUGGAACCAACAAGUUGCUAAUUUUGAAAAUGCGUGGAAAGAAGGUCGAUCAUGGAAUGGCGAAUAUUCUUUAUCUCGCAAAGAACCGAUCCGUGCAAAUAACGUCAUUGUGCCCGAAAAUAAUCAUGGUCAUGAUCAUGAUCAUUCUAGUAUACACGAUGAUAGUCAAAUUAAAACAACGGUUUUUGAUGUGAAAGAUUAUAAUAAACAAAAGUGGGAACAAGAUAUGGCAGAUAUUCUAAAUGCAUGGAGACAAGGUCUUACAUGGGACCAAGACACCACUACAGAUAGUCAAGAGUUAAAUUCUACACCAAAGACUGAAGGAAAAGGAAAAGGUCGUAUGAAUCAUAAUGCAGAGCAUGAAUUUCAAGGAUUUGAUGGUGAAUUACAAAGUUCUGAUCACUGGAUUAAUCAUAUGAAUAAUGAGACUGUGGUUCCAACUGAUAUUGAAAGCCACAAUUAUCAUCAUCAUAACAACAAUAAUAAUGGACAAUUCAAUGCCAGACAAAGAAAUCAACGUAAUUCUGGACAAUUAAAACGCAAACCGGAUCCAAUAGAUGUCAAACGCUCUAAUGCUAUGGCAUUCAGAAAAAGUUAUGAUUUAUAUGACUCACAAUCUAGACAACCAUCACCAUUAUCUGCCUCUAUGUCACCUAAGUCGAGUACAAUCCCUAAUUCAGCAUAUUCUGCACUAGUAUCACCUCAUUAUGGUUCUGGAUAUAACAACGUUAACAAUAAUGAUUCAUUUAGAUCAAAAGAGAGCAUUCCAAAUUUUGGUAAUAAUUCAAAUGGGACAAGACUUUCUAAAAGAAGCGUUCCAAAUUUACGUGAUGUACAUAGUAAUAAUAUAACACCUCCAUUAUCUGCCACCAUCAAAAGAACAACAAAUCAUAUGCACGAUCUUCAACAAGUUCCGCUAAUAGAUAAUAGAAAACAACAAUUCAUCAACUCGCGUUGUCUACCUAGAGAAUUUGUGGAAGAUAAAUGUUAUUCUAAUCGUAAUUCUAGACACCCAUCUCAAGAUUCUCACUUCUCUUUUGGAAGAGAUGACAACAAUCAUAGAAAACGUUCCAGCACUAGCAAUAUCAGAAAAAGUUAA